GCACUGGAACAGGUAAGCAAGAGAUGUCUUAUUCAACCGAAGGAUGACUAGUCCGUUAAGAACUGGCAUUCUCCGCAGGGGUGUUGGGUAGUCAUUACACUCCUUUCCUUUCUGUUGUGACUGCCUGUUGGGAGUACAACGGCAAACACAUCCAGUGUAUCAGACCCGCAGGCACUUCCACCGUUUACCGUCCACGUCAGCAUAAAGCCUGGGAAUCAAAACGGCGCAGUGUCUUCCCCUCUCCCCCCGUUUGCCUCCGCUGCGUCCCAACCCCUCUCUCUUUUUUCUCCAAGACCCCCUCCCUUUCUCUCUGACGAACGAUCCUUAAAAAAUAGCCGCGACAGUGGCGGUGGUCUCAGCUCUCUCCGAGUUUCUACCGUGGAAAGAAUUGUCUGCGCUAUACACCGUUAGGUUCGUCGCAUUUGGGCAAACGCUUGGUUGUUUUUAAAAAUCGCAUCGGUUGCAAGUGAAUUAUCAUGGCAAAUUUAACGUGACCACAGGCGCGUCUUGGAGAUACCACCGAAACCAUAUCACGCGCGGUCCAGUCCAUCUCUUUUCACAACAUAAUUUACCGAGGAGAUAACCAAUUUCAUCUGCUGGGGCGCAGUGUUCUUCUAAGAAGCGCGGAACUUGGAUUAUGUAUGGUGGGAAGUGACACCGUCCACAGUCACCGUGUCGCCAGCUCGAAGAAGAGAAUAUCUCAAUAUCGUGGUGCCUGCUUUAGAUAAAAGUAGUCACUGUUUUGGAGUCGUUCACAGGAAGAAGGGGGUCUCGGACCGGUCUCAUUGCCUCGUUUUACCCAUAGCCUACUCUCUUUGCAAUUCGCCUGCUCUUGUGUGAAUCUUGAACUUGCAUUGUAACAAACAUUCACCUGAGACACUUCUAGUCGGUCACAGUGGAAGAUCCGCGUGAUACUGGUUUAUAAACACUAACGCUUUUUCCAUACGCUACUUUGUGUGUUACAGUAUUUUAUAAACGGUAAUUAUCAGUGAAGCGAGGACGCGUAUCACCUAAAGUUCGGGAACUAGAAAGAUUUCAAAUAUAAGACUAGAAUGUUCUGUUGUCAUACUGGUUGAGUGACUCACUUGACAGGUGCUUGAGACAAAAGGAACUCUGCGAAGAUUGUAACGAGUAGCUUACAGCCUGAGAAGCUAUUGACAAUGCUGUAUUGCCCCACAGCCAACCAUUUCUGAAGUAGUCAACGGUGGCGAAUAUACGUUUCGGGUUGUGUAUUCUUAAUGUUUUAAACUGUUGUGUAUGGCAGUGCGCCAACCGUAUUCAUACUUCGAAUGACCACUAAAAGACACGCGUGAAAGGGCGUGAACUUGCUUGUCUUUUAGUUUGCAUCCCAAAAGCUCGAACAUUCCUCUUCUCCAGUACACCCGCGUUCACGCAGUCGGAUCCUCAGCCAUGGACCUGAAGGCAGAUCCAGAGGAGAUGGACUGCGAGCGACCACCUCCCAUUGAAGUUUUCGCCAGCAGGUCCACGCUGCAUGGCAUCUCGCACAUGUUUACAUAUGAGCGGCUCUGCAUCAAGCGUUGUCUGUGGAUUCUGCUCUUCAUGGGGUCCGUCAGUGUACUGAUGCUGGUGUGCAUCGACAGAGUACAGUUCUACUUCGAGUACCCACAUAUUACCAAACUGGACGAAGUCUCGGCACCGCAGAUGAUUUUCCCCGCCCUCACCUUCUGCAACCUCAAUUCCUUCCGAUUCAGCCGGGUGACACGGAACGACCUGUACCAUGCCGGGGAGCUGCUCGCGCUUCUCAACGGAAGGUACGAGAUCCGUGACACUCACCUGGUGGAGGAGAACGUCCUGGAGACACUGAAGGUGAAGGCAGACUUCCACAGCUUCAAGCCGCGCCCCUUCAACAUGCGUGAGUUCUACGACCGCACGGGCCACGACAUCAAGGAAAUGCUGCUCUCCUGCAACUACAGGGGCUCUGAGUGCAGCGCAGAGGACUUCAAAGUGAUCUUCACGCGCUAUGGGAAGUGCUACACCUUCAACUCGGGCCAGGACGGACGCCCCCUACUGGUGACCAUGAAAGGAGGCACGGGCAACGGGCUAGAGAUCAUGCUGGACAUCCAACAGGACGAGUACCUGCCUGUGUGGGGGGAGACAGAUGAGACUUCGUUUGAGGCGGGCAUUAAGGUGCAGAUCCACACGCAGGACGAGCCCCCCUUCAUCGACCAGCUGGGCUUCGGCGUGGCUCCAGGUUUCCAGACCUUUGUCUCCUGCCAGGAACAGCGGCUGACCUACCUGCCCCCUCCGUGGGGAGACUGCAAAUCCACUCCGAUGGACUCAGACUUCUUCAGCAGCUAUAGCAUCACGGCCUGCCGCAUCGACUGUGAGACACGCUACCUGGUAGAGAACUGCAACUGUCGCAUGGUGCACAUGCCAGGUGAUGCCCCAUACUGUACCCCAGAGCAGUAUAAGGAGUGUGCGGACCCUGCACUGGACUUCCUGGUGGAGCGAGACAAUGACUACUGUACUUGCGAGACACCCUGCAACAUGACACGCUUUGGGAAGGAGCUGUCCUUCGUCAAGAUCCCCAGCAAGGCUUCCGCCAAGUACCUGGCCAAGAAGUUCAACAAGACGGAGGACUACAUUGCGGAUAACAUCCUGGUGCUGGAUAUCUUCUUCGAGGCACUGAAUUAUGAAACAAUCGAACAGAAGAAGGCCUAUGAGAUAGCCGGGCUUCUUGGUGACAUUGGAGGGCAGAUGGGUCUCUUCAUUGGCGCCAGCCUCCUGACCAUCCUGGAGCUGUUCGACUAUCUCUACGAGGUGAUCAAGUUCAAGGUGUGUCGCUGCACCAAAGACAAACACAAGCGCAGCAACAACAACGACCGUGGAGCCGUGCUGAGCCUGGAUGAUGUGAAGCGUCACGCACCCUGUGAGAACAUGCGCACACCUUCCACCUAUCCUGCCAACAUGCUACCUCACCACCCUGCACAGGGCAACUUUGAGGACUUCACCUGCUGAGCCAAUCACAGUGGAGGGGCGAGGGGAGGCAAGGGGAGGGGAGGGGAGGGGGGACUUGCUCAGUGGCACUCGAACAGGUCAUCCCACAUGUCCAAGAAACCACACUGACAUUUCAACCUGUCAGAUUCUGAAAGGAGAAACCACCUUGAGGAACAACAACGAUCAUCUCAUCUCACCGUCUAACAACCCCUUAAAAAGUGUUAUGAUGUAUGUAACAAAUGGAACUUUUUUUCAAAAAAACAAAAUGAUGUUUUUGAACAUUCGGACUUUGGACCACUGCCUCAAAGAGGGUGUGAUUUUGAUUUCAUGUCAGUUGUUUUUACGUCUCUCACCAUCACAGACCUCCCUCACCCAGGGGCUGUCAAAGGAAACGAACCGCAGCUGUAGGCUACUGUCCUAUCAGCUGGCUCUCAACCUAUACUAUCGAUUCCAUUGCCUUCAGUGUAAAUAGCAGACACACUAAACUCCCUUGGAGAUAAGUGGCUUGUAGGUCCGGUAGAGUAAUGUAGUGCUUCGCCAGACUGCUGCUGAUUCUAGAACCGGUCCAAAACAGCCGGAUCGGGCCGAGAACCAGCUGUUCUCUGGGUCCCACCUCUGUAAAUGUAGCAACCGCUUUUCAUUUUUGCCGCGGGGCUGGAAAUCUGAUAGCUCUGUGGCGGUGAUCUUCUCUUCUUUCUUCUCUUCUCGUUACUCGUAUCAGAAUGUAUCCUCAGUGAGGUGAGGUGAGGUGUGUGUGUGUGGUGUGUGUAUGUAUGUGUGUGUGUGUGUGUGUGUCUGUGCGUUGAGCAGCUGGAGGGUGGCAGCGGUCCUCUGUCGCUGUGUGUGUGUGUGCUCGCUCACUCACGCUGUGCUGUGUCGUACUUUUCGGGGGUUCAUCUCGUGAAUGCAUGCUCGUACUCGUCCUCCUCUGCAUGAGCUCAUCAGUAUUUUUUUUUACAGUUAUGGGUAUUAUUAUUAUUAUUGUUAUUAUUAAUACUAUUGUCAUUAUCAUUGCCAAGUUUGCCUCAAUUAUAUACAGGUAUUCAAGGAGGAUUUUCGCCUAUCGUUAACUCAGAUGUAUUUUGUGUACGUGUUCAUGUAUGCGUGUAUGUGUGUGAAUGUUUGUGUGCACCUGUAUUGGGAGGGAGGGUUGCUUUCAUGUUUGUGUGUGUGUGUUGCUCGUACAAGACUGUUUGCUUGUACUUUUAUUUAGGCCACCUGAGUGCCUGUGUGUGUAUAUAUACUGUAGCUGCCAACAGCACAGCAGUAUAGCUGUCAGCAGUGGAUUGGAUAUGUGUGUGUGUGUGUGUGUGUGUGUGUGUG